AUGCCGCCAAAGCAGGACAACGUGCAAAGGCUUCUUGCAGCGGAGCAGAAGCGCAACAAAAUCAUUGCUGACGCCAAAGCACGACGGCAAGCGAAGGUGAAGCAGGCGAAGAUCGAUGCGGAGCAGGAGGUGGCCGCGUUUCGGCGGGAGAAGGAGCAGGAAUACGAGCAGUACAGGGCGCAGCAGUUAAGCGGUGCAGACGCGGAAAACUUGGAGUUGGCACGAGGAACAGAAUUGCAGCUUCAGGAGCUCCGCACACUCACGGCGAAGCGCAUGAAUUACGUUGAAGAUAUGAUGGCCGCUUUGAUCCUACAAGGCGGAGAGUUAAAAGAAUAA